CAUGUAGAAGAAGUAGAACGUGAAAAUGGUAACAGAGGAAGUUUAGAACUUCUGAUAACAGCUGACUUGACUUAUCAGCGAGACACAGACGGGUAGUUUGUAGAUGUAAAGCGUGCUUUGGUCUCCAAAACCUAGCCAACAUGGUGGAAGAAUUAAACGCUUUGCUGUUGGACAUCUCGAACGAGUUAAAGGAUGACAACUUAAAGAAUUUAACUUUUUUGUGCAAUGGUGUUAUCGGGAAGAAACCCCUAGAGAACGUAAAGAGUGGCACUGACCUUUUUCAACUCCUCAAGGAAAAGGAGAAAAUAACCCGUGGCGAUACGGCCUUUCUCCAUUACCUUCUCCUAAAAAUCAAUCGAAGUGACCUGGCUGAAAAAGUUAGUGAAUUUCAACGCAAGCACGGAUAUGCAACAAGUCCAAUCAUCGACGAGAGGGAACAAGAAAAACUGACCAUAGUCAGUGAAAUCCUUGUGGACAAUCUUGGGAAGGACUGGAAAAAAUAUGGCCGCAAACUAGGGCUGCAAGAAGGGCACCUCGAGCAGAUUGAGGAGAAGCACCGCGGCAACCUGGGCGAGAAGGUGAUGGAGGUCAUCAAGAUGUGGACCAAGAUGCGGAAAGGUGACGUCAAGGCUGAUCAGCUGAUCGAGGCCCUCCGCUCUUGCCUACUCAAUUACACAGCUGAUUUAGUGCAGAAGGUGCUGAAGGACAAAGGAGUUUCCUGAAGACAAGAGGUUCUUCCCAUUAUCCUGACUCCCAUCCUCCCUUGUACUCGUGGCCUCGUGUUGACGUCGCAAGGCCUCAUUGACAACGAAGGUUUAAUUCAAUAUCUCGCAAAGGUCAUUUUUUCAUGUGCAAUCAGGAUGUUGAAUGGGGAAAUUUAGUCCCCCCAAAAGUUGUUGUGGCUAGGCUGACGGCGGGGAAACUUUGUUUGUUUUCUCCACAGAGACAGGGCGCCAGCGAAGUGCGAGGCCAUAAGUACAGGUCGAGGGAUGGGAGUUAGGAUAAUGAACUGCACCCUUGGCAUUUUUGGAGACGCGGGGUACAAGUCAAACUACUUCCUCCAGUCCUUUUCUGUGGCCUGUGGCCUCUGGCCUCGCACUGAAAGGUUCCAUGCCACUGAUGAUCGAAGUUUUUAUCCAGUAUCUUGCAACGGCACAAUUCAAAGGUCAUCUCAUGUGCAAUCAGGAUAUUGAAUGGGGGAAACUGUCCCACAAGUCGCUCUGCAUUGUUUGACAGCAGGGAAACUUUUUUUUUUGUUUAGAGACCAAGGCAAGAGGCCACAGGUCACAGGAAAUUACAGGAGAUAGCAUUUUAAUUCAUACCCUUGGUUGCUGGACACUGAAUAUAUUAUUGAACUCUGUGAAAAGAAAUGUUUUCUGUUAAUUGGGAAUGAAUGAAUGAACCUUUUUCAUAGCUGAUUUAUUUCGAAUGUGGGGGUGCGGGUGAGGAAUACAUGUUCUCUUGUUAUAUGCAUGUCCCUGCCUAUGCAAAUAUGAAGAGCAAUUUGUUAUUGCCACUGAG